UCUGCGACCCCGUCGAAAGUCGAAAGAACAAGGAACAAGAUUCCUUUCCAACAAGGCUACUGCCUAACAAAGUGUUUUUCCUCUUUCACAUUCACACUCAAGCCGACUCAAGUCAUAUUAAUGAACUAACUAAGUUACAACAGCUCAACAUAAUUAUUGAAUAAUAUUCUUUUGGAAAAGUAGAUUCUGUGUAAUAAUGACGAGUAAUCAAGUCCCGGUGUCAUCCAUCUUUGCACAAGUGGAGGAAGCAAUCAUAGACUUUGAAAACGGAGACAAUGAGAAAGUAGCCCUACGACCAUCUAACAAAGGGGUACUAGGACGAAGGAAAAAAGGAAAGAAAAUGAUUCCUUCUUCAUCUAUAGGCUAAUAUAAUGAAGGAAAGAACUGGCCUUUGCACGUACGGGAUAGGAAAAUUAUGUUUGACGCAUCAUCACGCCUGUACUACUGGACUGAUCAACUUGAAAUUUUGCAUAAAGAUUCUUAAUCAACCGAUGAUGGUUCUAGGCAUAUUUAUGUCUGACUCUUCAAGAUUCCACUCGGUCAAGUUUUCAAGACAACUCUACCCACUGCCUCGCAUCGCAUUGAAGUGCUGGAUAAAACCUAUAACAAAAAGCUGAGCUCAAAUGAUGAUUAUAUGUCAUUAACGGCUGGUAGUAGUAAUGAUUCAUAUGAAGAAACUGAACAAUUUAGUGAAGGCGAAAGUGAAAAUGAUGAAAAAGAAGAAGAUGAUGAUGAUGAAGAAAUGGAAGGAGAGGACGAAUUGAGAGAGGGUAACAUAGAGGAAAUAGGAGAAGAUGGAUACAAAAAAAAGAGUAUAUCAAAAAAAACUACUGCUGAAAAACCACAUCAGUGUACAGUCUGUCAAAAAAGGUUCGCUACAUCUAGUAAUUUAACUGUUCAUAUGCGCUCUCACACCAAAGAGAAGCCUUUCCAGUGUACAGUUUGUACCAAAAGGUUCACUACUUCUUGUCAUUUAACUGUUCAUUUUCGCACUCACACCGAAGAGAAGCCUUACCAGUGUACAAUCUGUGCAAAAAGGUUCUCUCAAUCUGGUGGGUUGAAUAGGCAUAUGGAUACUCACUCAAAAGAUAAGCCAUUCCUGUGUACAAUCUGUACAAAAAGGUUUUCACGGUCUGAUUAUAUGACUGUUCAUUUGCGUACACACACCCAAGAGAAACCUUUCCAGUGUUCAGUCUGUGCAAAACGGUUCUCUCAGUCUGGUGGAUUGACUGAGCAUAUGCGUGUUCACACAAAGGAGAGGCCUUUUCAGUGUACAGUCUGUACAAAACGUUUCAGUGUGGCUAGUAGUUUGAAUGUUCAUAUGCGUUUUCACACCAAAGAGAAGCCUUUCCAGUGUACAGUUUGUACCAAAAGGUUCUCUCAGUCUAGUGGUUUGAUUACUCAUAUGCGCACUCACACCAAAGAGAAGCCUUUCCAGUGUACAGUCUGUUCAAAAAGGUUCACUACUUCUUGUCAUUUAACUGUUCAUUUUCGCACUCACACCGAAGAGAAGCCUUACCAGUGUACAAUCUGUGCAAAAAGGUUCUCUCAAUCUGGUGGGUUGAAUAGGCAUAUGGAUACUCACUCAAAAGAAAAGCCAUUUCAGUGUACAAUUUGUACAAAAAGGUUUUCACGGUCUGAUUAUAUGACUGUUCAUUUGCGUACACACACUAAAGAGAAGCCUUAUCAGUGUACAGUCUGUACAAAAAGUUUCAGUGAGUCUAGUAGUUUGAAUGUUCAUAUGCGUAUUCACACCAAAGAGAAACCUUUCCAGUGUACAAUCUGUACAAAAAGUUUCAGUGAGUCUAGUAGUUUGAAUGUCCAUUUCCGCACUCACAACAAAGAAAAGCCUUUCCAGUGUACAGUUUGUACAAAAAGGUUUGCUACCUCUGGUAAUAGGACUGUUCAUAUGCUUACUCACACCAAAGAUAAGCCAUUCCAGUGUACAGUCUGUACCAAAAGGUUCUCUUUAUCUAAUACUUUGACUGUUCAUAUGCGCACUCACACCAAAGAGAAGCCUUUCCAGUGUACAGUCUGUACAAAAAGGUUCUCUGAAUCUGGUGGUUUGACUAUUCAUAUGCGCACUCACACUAAAGAGAAGCCUUUUCAGUGUUCAGUCUGUGCAAAAAGUUUUACUGAGUCUAGUAAGUUGAUUAUUCAUAUGCGCACUCACACUAAAGAUAAGCCUUAUCACUGUACAGUCUGUACGAAAUCGUUCUCUGAUCCUAGUGGUUUGGGAAGGCAUAUGCGUACUCACAGCAAAGAGAAGCCUCAUCAGUGUACAGUUUGUUCAAAAAGGUUUUCACGGUCUGAUUAUUUGACUUGUCAUAUGCGCACUCACACUAAAGAGAAGCCUUAUCAGUGUUCAGUCUGUGCGAAAUCGUUCUCUGAGUCUGGUUAUUUAGGAAAGCAUAUGCGUAUUCACACAAAAGAGAAGCCUUAUCAAUGUACAGUUUGUACAAAAAGGUUUUCACGGUCUGAUCGUUUGAAUGUUCAUAUGCGUACUCACACCUUAGACUUUCUAGUUGAUUAGUGUAUUUAUUUAAGAAAGUAUAUCCAUACCCACAUGGUUUAGUUCUAACAAUUAGUCACUAGAUUUCUUAUUGGUAAGUUUUUUAUUGAAAUUGUUCUUUGUUCUUUUGACUAGUGGUGGUGUGUUGUAGACUUUAAAAAGAUCAAAUAGUAGAGGAUUUAAUUGUGAAAAUACAAUUUGUGAACCAUUUUAAAAUGCUCUGAUACUUUAUUUCUUCUCGGCUUUCUAAUGGUGCACUUAUUAAGAAUAACUUGUGUAUUUCCUCCUACAAAAAUAAAACAUGCUUGCAUUCAUGAUUUGUGUUUUCAGAUGCAAUUGUUUAUGUUUCAAUCUCUAUUAAGUGUGUUCUUUUAAACAGUGGUGGGGAAAAGGACGCAAAGUGUGUCAUUGAAAUAUUUCGGGGGGGUGGGAAGGUACCUUUAAAAUGUUUGUCAUUGGAAGAUGACGACAACAAUCCUUCCCCUAGGAGAUACGUUUUACUAAUCUCGUUUACAAAAUUAUCUAAAGGAAUUAAUAACUUUUCUGUUGGCAAAUAAAAUACUGUAAUUCAAAUAUUAUCUCAAGCUGGCUUAACAUUUGGAUAUUUCUUGUCUUGUUGAAUCUGAAUGCUCAAGAGUAUUAUGUGGGUUAAUCUAUUAUAAUUAAGUAUUUCUAUUAAUUAUUUUUUAUAUUUAUUUAUUUCUAUUUUAAUUUUUAAUUGAAAGGAAGUCAUGAACAAAUAUUGCAUUCUCUGUGCAACAUGAAGAACUUAGUCGGACUAAGCUCCAGAUCAGUUGAUUCUUAGAAAAUUCUCUGCUGCAUUCAAGUCUUUCAGCAGCAUUAAAAAAGUAAUUCACUAGUAGUGAUUACUUCAAGUUUCUAAGUUCUAAAAUGUUCUUAUGUAUAACUAUUUUUGGAUCAAAUUUUGGCCUCUAAGCCUGUUGUUAAUUUUCCAAUUAUUCAUAAUUAGUUGGGAAUGACAUUGUAUCUAUGAAUGUUUAAAUAAAUAUUGAGAGAAAUAAGUCAAGUCUGUCACCAACCAAAUGUUAAUUAAUGCAUUUAAUAUUUUGUGAUUAUUCAAAAUAGACAAUUUUUUAUUUUUAUCAAGAUGUAUGAGUUGUGUGAAUUGUGAAGUUAAUCAAAUAAUAUUAAAUAUGUAUAUUUGUUCUUGUACUGUACUUGUUAUUAUAGUUUCUACUAUUGAUCUAAAAAAAUAUAAAUUUAUUUUGCUAUAUUUCAUAUAGCUUAGGACUAGAUAUUUAAGAGCUGUUGCACACUAAAUUUUAGAAACAUCUAUAACUAGUUUCCAUUUAUAGGGUAGUUCUAUUCGUGAAAAUAUAGUGAUACAUAGUCAUAUCAAUGCGAAGAAAUUAUGUUAAAAUAUAGUGAUACUUAGUCAUAUCAUUGCGAAGAAAUUAUGUUACAAAUAAAACUCUUGAUUUUCCAAUAA